AUGGCUGGUAAGCUUUCGUACUCCACUGUGGACAACGCAGUCAGACCACUUUGGGGUGGUAACGCCACCCCAAGCUACGUCGCAAUCCAUUUCAAUGACCAGACGCUAAUGGCAAGACCAGAUGAACCACGCCGCUCCGGUCGCGCUACCAAGGGCCAGCAUAAGAACCUCGAGUUACCUCCCGAUGCCCCCGGCAAGAAAGGAAAAAGCAAGAGCCCCAAGGAGAGGAGCGCGAAACUGUCUGCCGAACCUACCCCGGGUCCCAGCGAAGGAGAAGGAGAAGACGAGGAGGAGAUAAUCCGAUGCAUCUGUGGGGAAUAUGAAGAAGAAGAAGAUGUUGAGCGAGAUAUGAUCUGCUGCGACCAGUGCUUGGCAUGGCAACACAACGACUGCAUGGGGUUGACAUUCGGAAAGGGUCAAGAGCCAGAUGAAUACUACUGUGAACAAUGUCGGCCUCAAAACCACAAAGCCUUGCUAGCCAAAAUUUCUGCUGGCGAGAAGCCUUGGGAACAGGUCGCGGAGAGACGCCGCCAAGAAGCACAAGAUAAAAAGUCCAAGCGCAAGAAGGGCAAGAAGGGAACCGCUCGCAAAGGAAGACUGAGUGAGAGCAGGACAGAUGCGGACACACCACUUCGUGCUGCAACCUCGACUACUCCUGGCCCCCAUGAUUCCCCUGCACCUGUUCUGUCUGCAUCAGCUGAGCCGGAGAAAAAUGGCCACGCUGACUCUCAAAGAUCAAGUACGCAGAAGCGUAAGCUUGAGGAAAGCGCAGAGGCCGAGAGUGGUCCACAGGUCAAACAGCAAAGAGUCACACCGCAGUCUACCAUCGCAGGCAUUCCAACGUCGAAUGAGCCUCAAAUCAAGCCAGACCCUACUCCUGAAGCACCCGUGGUUAGAAAUCUACAGGGUCUCAUUCCUGCCCGCAAGAGUGUGGCUACAGCCCUCCUGAGGUUAUUUGUAGAACAGAUUGCCGCGGCCCAAAAGACCAAGGCUUUUACUUUGAAUGCUGGACAGACGGCGGAGGAUGUUGCCCAGCCACUCGCUUUAUCCAUUGAAGAUGCCAUGUACGAGACUAUCUGCGGACGUUCGGGCGAUCCCACUGAACCAUAUAAGUCGCAAUUCCGCUCGAUCAACUUCAAUGUAAAGAAGAAUGCUUCUCUACGAGAUCGUUUGCUAGUAGGUAGUCUCUCUCCAAAGACGUUGUCUCAAAUGACAUCGCAGGAGAUGGCCAGCGAAGAGUUGCAGCAGAAAGACGCCGAGAUCAAGCGGGAAGCAGAGCGUCAGCACAUGAUUAUCCAAGAGCAAGGCCCCCGGAUCCGACGCACCCACAAGGGAGAAGAGUUGAUUGAAGACGAAAACCAUGCCGCCAACGACUCUGUCUUCUCCGCCGGACCCCGUCGUGCCACCGGAGAGGGUGAAGGCAGUCCCACCGGCAACAGUCCGAACAGUCCAAAGGUGCAGCGAUCCAAGAUUGACAAUGCCCAUCGCGGCGUCUCGCCAGAAGGUGCUCAUCAUGAUCAUGUCUUCCCCGAGGUUGCCGCAAAUAUUCGCGAGUCAUUGCCAAGGGGCCGGGUCCAAGCAGAUGCCGAGAUCGACCAGCUUUUGCGAGACGACGAGCCCGAUUCUCCUCCCUAUUCACCCAAGGACUUUGAUGACGAUGGCACUGUGUGGCGUGGAAAUGUUAAAAUGUUCCCCAUUGGAGAGUUCUCAUCGUCUGCAAAGCAUGUAGGAGGCGCCGACCUGAGUGGCCGCAUCCCAUGGAGCCAGCUUUCGCCACCCACAAUGUUUGUUGAUGGACGUAUCGACAUAAAACGGGCGACAGACUACCUUUGCGGUCUGCAAUUCAGCAAGUCAACCGACGUCUCUGUGAUUGCCGUCACCAGCCCAAGCCAACCCGAGGACCGCACUGGCUUCGACAAGAUCUUUGAUUACUUCCACAGUCGCCAACGAUAUGGUGUGAUCGGAAAGCACCCCCUGUCUGCCGUCAAGGAUACUUAUAUUGUUCCCAUGGAAGUCGGCACCACAAAGAUGCCUGAAUUCAUUGAACUGCUUGAAAACAUCUCACUGGAACCGCCUAUCACUGAGCGCAUGCUUCUCACCAUCUUCGUCGUCAAGACUGGCGAGUCAAACCCUCCCUCCGUACAGCCAUCCUCCCACCAGGCUAGCCAGGAGCCACCGGUAUCUGCUAGCCCCCUCACAGCUGUAGCGGGAACUCCCCAACAACCUCAGUUCAGCGCUGGAGUCGCACCAACUCCUCCCCACUUCGGCGGGUACAACUCGAACAAUGGAGCUUUCAAUCAGCAAACGCCUACACAACCGGCACAAGUCCCGGCUCAGCAGCCGCCGCUGACUGGUCUUCCCGCUGCAGUGCAAGUGUUGGGCUCCCAAGUCGAAGCACCUGCUAUUCAAAAAUUGUUGCAGACCGCACCCAAUGUGGAAAUAGCACAGCUGAACGUUGUUCGUGAGAUCCUGGCUCGUCAACCGGCGGCCGCAGCAUCCUACGACACCUUGAUGCAAGCUCUAUUCGAGACCCAAGCGAACGGUGGCCAGGUCCCGCAAUAG